AUGUCCAUGUCUAUCUCCGAAAGCAGCCGUCCACGAGACGGCUUCCCGCGACCAUUCCCCAACACGCCGUCCAAUGUGCUCGAGCAAUUCCAAAUGGCCGGGAAGGUCGUCGUCGUGACGGGGUCUGCGGACGGGCUAGGCUAUGCGAUUGCUGAGGCCAUGGCCGAGGCUGGGGGGAAUGUUGCGUUGUGGUAUAAUUCGAAUGACAUCGCGGUUCAAAAGGCAGAGUCGUUAGCGAAGACGCAUGGUGUGAAAACGAGCGCUUAUAAAGUUGACGUAUCAAACGCUGAGGCCAUCCAGAAGGCCAUUUUUGACGUUGUGAAGGAUUUUGGAAAGAUUGACGUCUUUGUUGCGAAUGCUGGAAUGGCCAUCUCGAAGCCCAUCCUUGAGCAAACUCUCGACGAAUACCGGCAGCAAAUGUCCGUGAAUGGUGAGGAACUCCCUUCCAGCAACAAGCAACCAUCAACCAUCAAUCACUCUACUAAACCCCAUCCAACCCAACCAGUCGACGGCGUGGUCUUCGCAUCCAAAUAUAUCGGCGAAGUCUUCCAACGCCAAGGCACCGGCAACCUAAUCAUCACGUCCAGCAUGAGCGCCCACAUCGUCAACGUCCCCGCCGACCAGCCCGUCUACAACGGCACGAAGGCGUUCAUCACGCACUUCGGGAAGUCACUGGCACGCGAGUGGCGGGAUUUCGCGCGCGUGAAUAUCGUCUCGCCAGGCUUCUUCGAUACGAAGAUGGGGGCGGGGCCGGAGUCGGUGAACGAGGCGUAUCGCAUGGCGGUGCUGGGACGACAGGGCCAUGUGAAGGAGAUUAAGGGGUUGUAUUUGUAUUUGGCGAGUGAGGCGUCGAGCUACAUGACGGGGAGUGAUGUGUUGAUUGAUGGGGGAUAUGUUUUGCCUUGA